AUGACGACUCCCACCGGCUUGUUCGGCAAGGAAACCUUGCGGUACCAUGCGUUCGAGCCAGCACCGACAACCCCGACAACCCCUCUCAGGCCUAAUCUUGGUACCACUGGAGUGCCGCAGAGUCUUUUCGCGUCCCGGAAACCAAAUGAAGUCACUGGGCUGGAAGGAGCCGGGUUCAGAGGCGGUACCUCACCUCCUUUAGUGUCCAGCAGAGGAUCAUUAGACAACGACGGGCUCCACGUCGCCGAAAUAGAAGCCGCCGAGGAGAGACCCAAAUAUCCCAAAAAAGUCGAUCUUGACUAUGUGCCUUACAAUAAGGCGAUCGCGAAGCUGGGGGGAAACGAGAAGAAGCCUGAACGUGUUCAGUUGCUUGAAAGCAUUCAGCUGAAUAUCGGCCUUGCGUGUUACAGUACCAUCUUUCGAGACACUGUGCCGACGUUGAGGCCGAAAUGGUAUAAAAAAUAUUACGAAUAUCGAGGUUUCUAUGAAGCGGUCAAGAAUGAUGACCUAGUUCCGGACAUGGUGGCGGAGGGCUCAAGAACCAACACACUCGGCAACUUGCAACCCGUUGAGAAAAUGAUGCUGGCGAGUCUCAAAAAUGAACUCCCCAAUAAGAUCAACAUGGCACUUCGAUGGAAAAUGAUGGCUUGGAUGUGGGACACAAUCCAUGACCACAUCCUCAUUGAAAAGGGGCGCAUUCCAACCCGACUUCUCAUCCGCAAUACUGCGGAACACAUGUUGGGUUCCCUUCGGCCCUUCAUCAACCAUAAAAGCCAAGAGCCAAUACUUCAAGAAUGUCUCCGUGUCCUUACCACAAAGGCGAUGGGGCUGAAGGAGCUCCUGACCUCUGAAAAGGCCGUUCGAUACAGUCUCUCACUGUUCGACAAUACAAAAUCGAUGCGCGAUAACAAAGCCAAGGGAAUGAAGGUACUUGGUGUACUAGGGGCCACACACACAGAUGACUCGCAGGAUGUCAUUCGGAUGGUGCUGUUUGGCCCGAUGGUGCGCUACGUGAAGGACGAAUAUGGCCAUUGGUUCGACCAGAUGGAGACAACAGCAGGCGUGGUGACAUAUCGGCCAGAGAAGAAAAAAGAGCUAAGAUGGAUGUGA